AUGGUUGGCUUUGGCCUUGUUGCUGCCCUCUGCUCGGCCGUUGCAGGCACGAGCAGAGCAGCUAUGCUAGGAACUGCUGAAGAAUAUGCGUCUGGGGCUGUACACGCACGCAUUAUGGGCAUCAAGAUGGCACAAUGGGACGCCGAGAUCGCUGCAGGUCAGAUGGAGAGCAGUCAAUAUCCCGAGCUUGGCUAUACCAAAUGCGAGAAUGGGUUCGCUGCAGCGAUUCCAGGCGAUUUUAACAACACCUUCCGCUGUUCUCAGAUCGACUUGUACCAUUUCUUGCCACAUUCAGCCUUGGGUAGUUCUGCUGGUCGAGGAAGUUCCUCGUGGGGGUGGACUUCGGAUACUGGACGAGAAUUCGUUGCCAUUGGUCAAUUUGAUGGCACCGCCUUUGCCGAGAUCAGCAGUGAAGGCAAACUAGUGUAUCUGGGUCGUCUACCUCCCUACGAUCCUGUCGGCUCGCAAUGGAGAGAGAUUCGUGUUCUUAGAGGCUAUGCUGUUAUCGGAUCGGAGGCCAUCAACAGUGGUGUCCAGGUCUUUGACAUGCGUAAACUUCUCGACCUCGACCCAGCAAACCCUACGAACUUCACUCAAGAUGACCUGACAGGUUACUGGAACGAGCUACCCGUUGGACGUACCCACAACAUUGUCGUCAACGAAGAACUGAACUAUGCCAUCGCUGCUGGAUCUGUUGGUGGCAAUGCAACCAUUAGAGUGAGGGGUGAUCUGCCAUGCCGGGGUGGGCUGAUCUACCUCAAUAUGACCGAUCCCACGAACCCGACGAGCCCAGGUUGUGCUGCUGGUGACGGCUAUGUCCACGACGCUCAGUGCCUAGUCUACCGUGGACCUGACACACGAUACGUGGGCAUGGACAUCUGCUAUGGCUACAACGAAGACACUCUGACGAUCUACAAUGUCACAGACAAGGUUGGUAACACGACUAACAUUAUCUCAAUCACCAGCUUCCCUGGAGCAGAAUACGUUCACCAAGGUGUUGUCAACGACGAGAUGAACCAGGAAUACAUCUUCUUGAACGACGAAUUCGACGAGCGUGAUGCUGAUGUCGGACCAAUGCGUCAGGGUCUUCCCACGACACAUAUCUUCGAUAUUCGCGAUCUUGAGAACCCACACUACAGCGGUUACCACGUGGGUAAAACUCGCUCAAUUGACCACAAUCACUAUGUGAUCAACGCAACAUACCUGGCACAGAGCAACUAUGGUAAUGGGUUCACCAUGUUAGACAUUAGCUCGAUCACAGAAGACCCAUCAGGAUCUAGCAUAUGUGAAGUUGGCUUUUUUGACAUCUACCCAGAAGACGACGAGAACGAAGGUGGUGGUACCGUCGCCUUCCUCGGUUCGUGGUCGUCUUAUGCCUACUUCAAAUCUGGGUUCAUCUUUGUCCAUACCAUCGAGCGUGGAUCGUUUGUGGUCAAGAUGACCAGCAAGACAUGCCCGAAACCACCAGUUUGCGAGUCCAAUGCUUGCUUGACAUCACUCCGAGCCAGCAGCAUUCAAGGACGUCUUGAAGAAAGCCAAGACUUUUGCGGAGAUUUCUUGGUCAGGCAGAUUGAUGAUGAGCGUGUCGUUCCGGCGUACGCCAGUGAAGCCUGUGGCGCCAAUGGAGCGGAUGUUAUUGCUCAGGUCAGUAGUGCAUGUAGUUGUGUGCCUACCACUCCUGUGCCUGAGCUUCCGAGAACGACGAGCAGGCCCCCUGUUCCAACAGUGCUUCCUCCGAAGAACAGGUAA